GGAUAGAAAAAAAAACGAAAUUGUCUAUUCGCCAUCAAAAUGGCGUCAUCGAAGGAAACCUAUUGUUUGUGUGGUCAACCUUAUAAUAUUGGACAAUUUAUGAUAGAAUGUGACUGUUGCCGCGAGUGGUUCCAUGGAAGUUGUGUCGACGUUAAAAUAUACCAUUCGGAUGAUAUAGACAAGUACCACUGUCCAAAAUGUGCACAAACAUAUGGACCCUCUGUAUUAAAAAUCCCAACCAACAACCACAGAGCGGACCGCUACGAGUUGAGUGCGGAAUCCAGACCGUCCCAAGUGGGAUCCCCGGCGUGGGUGCGGGCGUUGGCCGCGCGGCCCCUGCGGCCUACACACACGGCACUGCAGCGGAUGAGGCCCACACAGUUCACCGAGGAAUUCGUUAGGGAUAAUGGAUUCACGCGACCAGUGUUAUUUCAAACACCAGAGGGGCUGGAUAUGAAAACGCCCAAUCCAGCCACAUUCACAGUGCGGUCUGUGCUAAGAUUCUGUGGUGCACAGUUAGAGGUGGAAGUGAUAGACGUUCGGAAACAAGCCACUCUUCGUAUGCCGCUGGGGGACUUCGUGGAUUACUUCGAGACUCCGCCUGAACAUCGCGAUGAGAAGGUGCUCAAUGUGCUCAGCCUUGAGUUUAGUGAUACCAACAUGUCGCCGCUGGUGGAGCCGCCGGCGAUGGCGCUGCGGCUGGACUGGGCGGAGCUGGUGUGGCCGGCGGCGGAGGAGCGGCCCCCGCGGCCAGCCGUGCAGAAGUACUGCCUCAUGUCUGCAGCCGGCUCCUUCACAGACUUCCAUGUCGACUUCGGCGGCACCACCGUCUGGUAUCACCUCAUGCACGGCCGGAAGAUAUUCUACCUAAUACCGCCGACCUCCACCAACCUAGCUCUCUAUCAACAAUGGAGCGCUUCUAACAACCACACCGAAAAAUUCUUCGGAGAUAUGGUGGAGUGGUACGGCACAGCUGAACUGACUCCCGGUCAAACGCUGUUCAUCCCGAGCGGAUGGAUCCACGCAGUGUUAACGCCGUGCGACUCGCUCGUGUUCGGAGGGAACCUGCUACACUCAUACGCCAUUGAGAUGCAGCUGCAGGUGUACGAAAUAGAGCGUCGGGUGGAGACACCAACCGCGUUCCGCUACCCGCUGUUUGAAGCCAUGCACUGGUACGCAGGCGCAUAUCUCCUCACCAUGCUGCGGCGGCACAACGAGGAGACACAGGAUGAGGAUUUUACACUAAGCGAUUAUAGUGUACAGUCGGCGCCGCUGCAACUGCCGGCGUUACUGCUGAGAGGCAUCAAGAUCCUGGCCAACGCGUUGAAGGAGUGGCACGCCUUGAAGAGCACGGACGCGGCGAAACGCGACAACGUCCCCAAGUGCCUGAACUCGGGGCAGCUGGUACGCGAGCUGUGUAAGGAGCUGCGCACCCUCGAGAAACGAUCCGCCAGCACUGCUAACAAGGACAAAGAGUUCAAGCCCAAGAACCCGUCACCAAAGAAGUCCCAAUCCAAGGCGCAGGCGCAGCAGAAGAAAUCCCUAAAGCUGACGCUGCCCAAACCAAUAAUGCACAUGGGACAGAACGGCGAGUUUGUUGAAGACAAAGUGUACUCCGACAGAUUAUAUAUUGACAAUAAAGAGAUAGUAUACCAGGAUACCAGGUACGUGCAAGACGCGAAGUACAUGAACGGCGUCCCGGAGGCCAAGGAGGUGGUGUACCAGAACUAUGAGGAGAUGCAGAGCUACCAGGACCCGUAUGUGGACAGGCAGGACAAGAAGAACGUACUCAGGAUUAAAUUGAACGCAUCACCUUCAUCCUCUCGCGAACAACCGCCUCCCCCCUACCCGAUACCGGAACAUUCCAUCCUGAAAUCCCACCUCAUACGAGCAGACAGGGCCACGUUGAAACCUUUACAACAAUGGACGAUCAGCAAGAAGGACAUUGGAGACUAUCAAGAGGAGCAGAUAUUGUUUACGAAUGAUAAUCUGCAAGCGCCACGGCCUGAGGGGGGUGAGCUGAGCUACGGGGCAGGUAUGUACUCAGCAGAGGACAUCCAACAAGAUUAUCAAUACGCAGAAGCGGGUAAACCAGCGUCCUACCAACCUGACUACGGCUACCAGAGCGGCACUGAGGUGGCGUAUGUGCCCGACAACUACCCAAGAUACGAGAUGCAGCCACCUCACCAUCAGACGGCAGCGUACACGCCGGUGGCAGUACAGGAGCCGAUGAAUGGCGCGUACCACAACCAACUGCCUUCAUACGACGCGGCUAUAGCGCAACAGUACGCCGCGCCUGCUACUAACUAUGUAAUAGAAGAAGAGAAGCCGACAGUAGCGCCAGUGCGACGGUCAGAGCGGCCUGUACGGAGACGCGUGUCCAACACAUACGACUAUGAAGACGCGGACUUGUUCAUCGACGAGCCUGCGCCCAGGCACGCGCCCAAACGAAACCGCCACAAACACCACUACAAGCACCAAGCCAACAGAAGCAACUACUCGGGGGGUGCAGCGAGUAGUUCGGCGCGGUUGGCGCCCGCUAACGGCAUCGAGUCCUUGAUACAGGCUUCUGUGUUAGCCGAGGAAGAGGCGCCCGUCAACGAACCCGAGAACGCGGCUGUGGCGGGCAUGCUGAGCAUCAGCGAGCGGUACGCGCCGCCCGCCGCCCCCGCCGCCAGCGCGCCCGCCCCCGCCCCCGCGCGCACCUUCGGCCUGCCGCAGCCCGCCGCCGCGCCGCACAGUAACACACCAAGCAGUAGUAAGCGCCCCCGCAAGCCGCUGGCGAGCAGCGCGGACGAGGAGUUAUCAGAAGAGGAAGAUGUCAUUAAAGAAGUACAUCGAGACGACGAGUACGUGUAUCCGUCGUUGGAGAUGAGCUCUGAUGAGGACGAGGAGUGGACGACGUCGCGGCGACGGAACUCCCGCAGCCGGCACGACUCGAGGAACAAGACCGACAAGGACGCGUCGUGGUCCCCGCGUGCGCGUCUGGGCCGCCUGGUGCCGCGCCUGCGGGGCCCGGCGCGCGCCGGCGUGCGGCGCGAGUGUGUGCGCGCCGCGCUGCACGCCGCCGCCGCCACCGCGCCGCCGCCGCCGCCCGCGCAGAACGCGAAACGCGCGGUGCUAGCAACAAAGAGCAAACGGCCGCCGCCGCCUGCACAGCACAAUACGCCAAAUAAUAACAAGAAUAUAAGACUGAAAAAGGGUAUGAAAACGGCGAAACAGCGCCUUGGAAAGAUAUUGAAAAUACACAAAAUGAUAUAUUAGGUUUUAUAAUAACUAUAGAAUACUAUAGAUAAAUAGCUUACUAUAGGAGCCGUGGUAGCCCGGUUGCUAGAACGCUUGCCUCUCACUUUGAGGUCGCAGGUUCGAAUCCAGCACAGGCCUAAACCAAUGAUUGUCGAAUUUGUUUUCGGAUUCAUGUUUGGAUCAUAAAUGAUUACCACGUGCUCAGCGGUGAAGGAAAACAUCGUGAGGAAACCCACAUUCCCGAGAAAUGCAUUUUCGGAGGUAUGUGACCUAACCUGCUUGGCUUGUUUCCGGUCGCUUCUGUAAAAAUCCGGACCUGUCAAAUCGUCGGGUUAGGUAAGCGGACCCUGUGAAAAACGGCAUAGUGCUAGGGAUGAUGAAAUAGCUUACUAUAGGUACUGGUGGCGUAUAUUUUAUAUAUGUAUGUAUAAUACGGACCAAUUCAUGUUGUGGAUCUUCAGCGCUUGACUAUAAUAUAACACGAUGAAGAAAUUCCAUCUACAUACUCAAUAUAACCUACAGGGUUUCAGCUUCAGAUCUCCGAAUCUGACCACCCAUGAUAUUCAAAUUCAAAAAUAUCUUUAUUCAGUAGGUAACAUAGUUACACUUCGAAUCGUCAAUUUUUACAUAACGAACGUCUCAUCCGCCUAAAACUACUGCAGCUUCACACAACCUGUAUAGCCGGGGAAAAGAAGCUGCAAGAAAAACCUCGGCACAGGGCCCUAGACGUUCUUUAAAAAAAAUAAACAAAAUAUUUUUAUACAAUUGAGUAAUUUAGCUGCCUAAUAUCAGUUCUCAGACAGUUAAUCCCAUGCAUUCAUCUAAAUAAUCACUAACUUUAUAAUAGGUAAGCGAUAUUUGAUGUUCUUUCUCCUUCAGCUCGUAUCGAUAUCAACUCCCUCUGGGUCUGUGUCUCGAGAGUCUUUAGACUGUCCUUUGUUUGGUAAAGACAUUGCAGACUGAUUCACCUGGUUGUCCGAAAAGUAAGAUCCGUGCUUCGGAAGGCACGGCUAGCUGGUGUCGGGCUACUAGCCCAAACGCCUCCAAUCCGCAGUGGAGCAGCGUGGUGGAGUAUGCUCCAUACCCCCUGUUCCCAGCAAGUGGGACGUGUAUAGGCUGUUUAUGUUAUGUAUAUACGUCCCACUGUUGGGCACGGCACAUAUCUCCCCCUUUGGACCCCUCUACUGGGGUGAGGUAUGGAAUAGAUUAUGCUCCAUUUCGUGGUGGAGUUCGUCCACCACGCUACUCCACUGAAUUACAUAAUGUCGAUGGAAUUUCUCUAUUGUAUUGUAAUGCUUAAAGUACUGAUGAUGUUUUAAUUGUUUCCUUUUGUAAGUAUCAGCUUAUUUAAAAGGAUCCUGGGAGCUUAAAUUUUGUCCCGGGUCAAAGCUCUCAGCGCUCCCCAUUUGUCCGGCCAAGUAGUUAAUGCCAUUUGCGGCGAAGCAACAGUAAGUCACGUUAAAAAAGGGACAAAUGAUUAUCUACCACGUCCAAUCUAUUUGAUUUGAUUUUGUAUGACACCGCAUAAAAUCUGCUUCUCUGCUGUCUGUGUCAAUUUUCAACAAUUCUCAACUUCAUCAGUACACAAAAAAAUCAGAUAAUAAAAAAAAAAAACUAACAAGAAUAUUUGGAAUAAAAUUUAAAUAUAGGAUUGUUUCGGAUUGGUUUUGAAAGAAGCUAUAGCUCGGAUUAAAGUACUAUAAUCAUAUAACUACCUCGUAUAAUAUAUAAAAAUUCAUUAUAAAAAAUGGGCUAGUAGUUUUAACUAGUCAAAUCAAUUACUUUUUACUAAACGUAAACAAAUGUAAUCACUAUUGAAUUUGUAUGAAAAAUGACACUGACGUCAUAGAAAGACUUCUUCAAAUGUUGAAUUUAUAAGUUAAAAAGAAAAUGUUUUUCGUCAGUUUUAGAUCUGUGUUUAUUUAGUCAAUCAGAGUUUGAUAAUUUAUCUUUGACCCAGGGCUACGACACUACCCAAUUGUGUCAUCAAUCUAUAUAUUUCAAAAAAAGAAAAAUAAUAUUAAUCUAUGUCGAAAGCUACACAUUACUGAAAAUAUACUUACUAAUUAUAAUACAAGUAAAAGACUAUCUGUUGUAAGAAAAUUAUACUUAUAUACUUGUUGACAAUCAUCCGUCCCUUUCCUUUUCGGCGGAUAAGAAAAUGACAGGUAUAACUUAAAAUAAAUUUAGAUGGCGUCUGCAGGAAUUAGCACCAAUAUUUACUUAUUUUUUCACGUUUGCCGUUUUACCAACAAAUAUAUAAGGGUGUUUCCCAUUUGGCCGAUGAAUCGACCCAAUGAGACGUUUUUUUCUCUAUCGCCAUAAUAAUCUAACUCCUGUAUGUUAAAAGGAAAAUAUAUCCCAUUGGGCCGAUUGACCGGUCAACCAAUCGGUCGGACGGGAAACACCCUAAUAUAGUAUUUUUAAUCUGAGCUUAGUGUCCAGUGAGUAAUGUAAAAUAACAUAUAGAUAUUUGUCUUAAAAAUUAGUAUAUGUUUUUCAUAUUAAUUAAAAUAAUAAGUUUUGACAUGAUCUGAUAAUUGUUUAGUAUAAAAUAAAAUUGUUGUAAUUUUUCUUUUUUUGACAGCUGAAUUUAAAAUCUACGCAAUAUAAUAUUUAAAAGACAUUCAUCUGUUACAAGCCCACCUUGAGAUCGAUGUAAAUAUUCUAAAAAAAAAAGUAAAGUAAUUGUAUUUAAAACGCUUUAGGAACAUUAAAAAAUGUCGUAACGUUUUUAGUGAUAAUAGUUGUGUAAGUUUGAUUUAUUUGUUAUUUUUUUUUAUAUUUACUUGUAAAAUUAAAAACUUGCGUACGUUGAAAUAAAUGCAACAAGCGAAUUGUAACAUUUAUUUUCUAUAAUGUGCACUGGGAAUAAAAUUAAUGUGGGACUUUCCGAGAUACUUUCCCCAAAAAAAUGUAGACGGCGCUGUAAGACUCUUCGUUUAGCCUUCAAAUUCCAUGGAUAACAGAUAUAGCUUAUUAU